AUGAUGGGUGUGGCGACAGCCAUGAUGAGGGCAGCCGCCAUGAUUGUUGUGGCAGCCUCCAUGAUCGGAGUGGCGGCUUCUCCGUCAGGCCAGGCCGUGUCUCCCGGACUAGCCGGACACGCCCUCACCCCACGGGUCGGUCCCGGCCGCUCCGGACCCGCCACAACCCCGGUAACGGCGCCUGAAGCGCCACCAGCGCGGCCCUGCCCACACUCAAAAUGGCGCCGCACGCCGAGGCCUCACCGGAACCUCCAACAUGGCGGCGCCCACUGCGGGGGUGACACGGACGCGUCCCCAGAUGCCAGCAUGGCCACCAGCCGCUCGGAGGACGAGGAGUCCCUGGCGGGGCCCAAGCGGGGCCCGGCCACCCCCGCGGGGACUGUCCCCAAACGGCGCAGCUCCUCCAGGCCAGGCCGUGUCUCCCGGACUAACCGGACACGCCCUCACCCCACGGGUCGGUCCCGGCCGCUCCGGACCCGCCACAACCCCGGUGACACGGACGCGUCCCCAGAUGCCAGCAUGGCCACCAGCCGCUCGGAGGACGAGGAGUCCCUGGCGGGGCCCAAGCGGGGCCCGGCCACCCCCGCGGGGACUGUCCCCAAACGGCGCAGCUCCUCCAGUGUCACAAAGGGGCAGGAGGGGACAGAGAGGAGAUGGGGACGUGGGGAGGGGACAGAGAGGGGACACCAGGGCCCCCCCCCGGCGCUGCCCAAGCGGCUCAAGAAGAGCAAACCCAGCCCCGCCCCCCGCGACCUGGGCAGGUGGAAACCCGCCGAUGACCUGCUGCUCAUCAACGCCGUGCUGCAGACCAACGACCUGACCUCGGUGCACCUGGGGGUGAAGUUCAGCUGCCGCUUCACCCUGCGCGAGAUCCAGGAGCGCUGGUACUCGCUGCUCUACGACCCCGUCAUCUGCAAGCACUCGUGCCAGGCCAUGCGCCAGCUGCACCCCGAGGCCGUGGCCGCCAUCCAGAGCAAGGUCCUGUUCAGCAAGGCCGAGGAGCAGCUGCUGACCCGCGUGCCAUCGAGCCCUGUCCCCUCGCUGGACACCUUCCAGGAGCUGCUGCAGGCUGUUUUACCCUGCCAGGACCUGUCCCCUGACCUGACGGUGGCUGACCGGCGGCAGAAGCGCGAGAUCCGGCAGCUGGAGCAGGAGCUGCACCGCUGGCAGGUGCUGGUGGACUCCAUCACAGGUGGGCCCCGGCCGUCU